CAUCCUCUGUGGGUUGCCUGUCUCGAUAUCUCAUUAAAUAAACCCCCUCCCCACUGUCAGAUGACCGUAGGUGUCUUUUAGGGGGCGAUGGAUGGCCGGUGUUUCCCGACACGAGUCGAGUGGCUCCGAGAGCGAGCAGAGCCCGACAUAUUCUGAACAUCUUCCAAAUGUUGAGCCCGAGUCGUGAAGUGCUGCUCUUGAGGGGGACGAGGUUGAGAGGGAGGGAGACGACGAGGGAGAAAACAGGCAACAUCCGCGCAGUUAUUCACCUCUGAAAAAGCAUCCUCACAUCUCCGCUGACUGCACCGCAGCUCCAGCCGGCCAAUUAAAGGUAGGCACAAAAGAAUCAGCCAGGAUGGUGACAGUCUGUGUGAUCGCCGUCAGCUUUCUGCUCACCACAGCUCUUUCUGCCCCUGUGAAAGUCAAUGAGGACUCCAUGACCUUGUUCCAUGGGGAGGACUUCCACAUUCUGCUGCCCUCGCUCAAGUGGGAGGUCAUUUUUCGGAACCGGUCUAAUCUACGGUCGGGCGAUGUGAUUCUGAUGCGGGAUGAAAUGGUGGUCAACAAUCGGGCCAAACUCAACAAGCAGCUCAGCCACCUCAUUGUAGAUGCUGUGGGUGAGGGAGACGAGGGCGUGUACACCGUGAAAAGUCCAGACAAUCCAGAGGACAUCAGACACAUUACGCUUAUAGUCCGAGAUUGUUCCAACGAGCAGAUCAUUAAAUAUGGUGACAACUACCAUAUUCAGCUGUCAGGGGUGACUCCCCCCAUCACCCUGGAGUACAGACCCAGCUCUGUGGAGGCCAACCUGACAUCUAGACCUGCUCUGGUGCUGCUGACCAGCACAGGGAUGUCAAGAGACGGCUACCAGGGUCGGAUCAGUGUCAACGAGCGCCGUGUCACCCUCAGUGCUGUUACAGGUGCAGACGAAGGUAGCUACACUGUCAGGGAUGGCGAAGGUGAUAUCCAAAGGAAAGUGUGUCUCAACGUCAGAGAGCACCAACACUUUGUGACCCUGCCGUAUGGUAAAAGACUGAAGAUCGACCUGAUACUCAACAGCUCCUUGGUCCACCUCUACUACAGCCCCGAGAAUGACAACACACCCCAUCUUCUACUGGACAAGGGAGAAUUUACAACGGCCCGAGAGGAUCUGGGUUUUGGGGACCGUCUCUCUAUGGAGGGUUCAUUGGUUUAUCUGGAUCAGGUCAAGGGUGCAGAUGUGGGCCAGUUCAAAAUUACCGACAUACUGGGGUUCACUGUGGCCAGCAUCCACCUGGGAGUACAACCCUACAAGCUGGAGUCACUGUAUGUGGCCAUCAUUGCCCUAUUGGGCCUGCUGGUUUUCCUUCUGCUGGUUUGUCUGCUGUCCUGCCUGAUCAAAGUGAAGAAGAGGGCCAAGAGGGCUGCUGCACUGGAGAAGAUUGCCCAGAAUGCUGGCAAAGAGGAUGAAGGAGAUGCCUUCAGACAGGUGGUCAAGAACAUCACCAAACUCAGUGAGGACUCCAAGCAUUCCCAGGCAGACAAUACAGAAAAAUCUCAGAGCACCGAGGUGGACAUUAAAGGUCUGGAGGUUUCCUCUAAAGAGGUUGGGGUCGAUAACCUAGAGACCAGUGACUCUGGUGUUGGCUUUAACACCGCCCUCCCGCUGGACACUGACACUGAUGCCCCUGAUCCAAUCUCUGAAUCUGUGGCUGUAACCAUCUCUGUUGCCCCUGAAACAAAACCAAGUCCUCCAUCUGCUGCUGAGUCCCAGCCAAGCGCUCCACCGGCUAUGGAAAUUAAGUCCAGUCCAGUAGCUGAAACUGAAGCCUGCCCAGCACCCGAGACCAAGAAAACCCCUGAUCAACCAAUGGAAGCAAAGUUGGAUGUGUCCAAACCAGCAGAUGUUAAACUCAGCCCAGCCCCGAGCCCUGAGCCCAAGGCUGGUCUGAGUCCAGCGGAUCCAAAACCUGCUCCCAGCCCAAGCCCAGAACCUAAACCAGUUGUUCCUAAAGCCACCACUCCAACACCUGAAAUUAAGAGUGCCCUGACUCCCACACCUGAGCCCCCUAAACCAACCACACCAGAACCUAUUACCAACGGUACACCUGAGCCAGGUCCGGAUUCCAAACCAAGCCCAGAUCACGCUGAUAUUAUCGGAGGCGCUGCUCCAAAAGCAGCUCCCCCUAAAACCCCUGAAGUGGAGCUGAAAUCCAGUGGUGCCGCAAUGGAGGCCAGCAAAGACGGCACUGUGGCUGAGGAUUCAACCACCACCACCACCUGAGAACUGCCCCUGCAAAAAAUCAAGGGAAACCCCACAGAUUUUCUCCAUCUACCACCACUGUAGACAAUCGAACACCCCCUACCAAAUAAUAAAGAAACCACUGAAACUGGGGCGAGGACUUCGGUUUAACAUGUCUAAUGCCUGAACACAGUAUUACCUUGAUCACUCACUUGUCUUUAAAUCUAACACAAAAACCUUUGAGACUUUAUGAUUCAGAAAAACUCCACACAACAAAUGUGGCUUGUUGAUUGUUAAACAUUUUAGUUGUAUACACCUUGUCGCCUCAUUUUUUAACUUUGCAGUAAAAGUGUCAGACUGCAAAUAAAAUCCUUUGCAGGGUUCCUUUGCAAAACUCCUUAUAAGGUCUUUUCUAACAUAAUGAGGUAGCCAGAAAGGUUUACAACAUUUCAUUACACUAGAAUUCCUUAUAUGACCUUAACUAACCAUCGUUUUCCAUCUAAAUGCUCGUUCCUCUAUCAGCAUGUGGAUAAAAACAGACAAACUGCAUGAAAAUUUCAGCCAAUGUCAUCUCACACCUACUAAAAUGUGUGAUGACAGUCUUUUGAUUGGACACAAAAUGAAAGCCCUUUUGAUCACAAAGACAACACUCUGUUGUCGGCAUUUUGUACAUAGCUUAAAUGUGGAUGUUAUACGCUUGUGCCAGUUCUUUGGCUUCAGAAACAUGUGCAAUACAUUAUCACAUAUAGAAGAGAAAAAAACGAUUAGUUUUGCAUAACUUUAACCACACAAGAAAACAUACUAAUAAUACUAACCCGACUAUUUAUAAUCUCUGAGAUUCAGAUUCAGAUUCAGACUCCCAGUGGAUAUCUCAGAUGAUUAAAAUGUGUUUUGCAGACUGAUCCGUCAAGUCUGGAUCAACCACUUUACUGUCUUUGAUCUGGAUUUCCCUGUGGCUCUAUAAAAAUCCCAUCAUUCCUAAAGUUUAUUGGGAAGCUCAUGCCGACAAAACCUCCAGACACUUAAUGGGACCUCUACAUUCCCGCUGUACGUUGGGCUUUCCCAAGGUGAAUUACUGGAUGAAAGUGUCUGGUAAGUUCAAAUCGUUAGAACAUGCUUUCUUGUUUCUUUGCUUUUUCUUUCAUUUUCCUUCUUUGUCCACUUUCAGGCUUUUCUUUUGUCUGUCAUUCCUUCCUCGACCCCCUUCUUUCCUUCCUGUUUUCUCUCCUUUUGUUGCUGGGCAUUAUUUUUAACUGUACAUGGCCUUUGACAUAAAUUAUACCCCCUUUUUUUGUUUAGUUUUCCUCUCUAAAGCCCUCUAAAAUUUGUCAAAUGCUUGAACAUUUACGCCUAGCAUGCUUAAUGGCUCCCAAAUAUUCCUAAGAGAGGCCUUUAUCAAUGCCACAGCAUCGUCUGUCCAGAGAUGUUAAGUCAACACAAAUUAAUCUUAGUUGAAAGUCUUGUAUGGUGAAGAGGAGGUGUGCAGAUACAUUUUAGUGUUACAAAUUGCAUGUCUCUACCUCAUGUUUUAACUGACCACUUGACUUUUGAGAAAAGCACAACAUUACCGCCAUGAAAAUUCAAUCAAAUGAUCUGUCAAAUGUUGGAAAACUGUAACAAGUAGAUCCAUUUACUAUACGACCAACUGGCUUUUCUUGGUACCUUUCCUGACUAAUAGAUUUUUCUUACAAGCAGAUUAAUAUCAGGCAAUGUGUCAGCCUUUUAAAAAGCCAUAUGACAAAAUAGGUUUAGAUGUCAGAUUUGAUACAAAGAUCAAUACAUAUAAUGUAUAAACUAAAACAAACAAAACAAUCAAAGGGCCUCAAUGUUGGAAAAACAGUAUCAGAUGGUCAGAUGUAUUACACAUGGACAAAGGCAUUCCAAUGUAAAACGUGUAAAACACUCUAUAUGCCUCAUUUCUAGCCUGGAUCUUUGAAGGAACCACAAACCCACUUGGCAAUACUAAAAAUAGUCUUUAUACAUACACACACACACACACACACACACACACACACACACACACACACACACACAAACUUGACACACACAUUCCAGCCAUGUAAAUAUUGCAUGUGUAUGCCAGUUUAACCCCGUUAAGGCUGAAUGUUUUUAGUGUAUAGAAAGGUUGUUGUAUUAUACUUAGUAAUAAAGAAGAAAACUAAUUAAAAUUUCUCACCAACAUUAAAUCCAAAAUAUAACAUAUAUACACACAUACAUUACUAUAUUCUAUAAACACUAAUAUUCACUAACGUCUUGAACUAAUUUAACAACCAAAUAUUGUAUAAUUACAUCAAGACUAUAUUAGAUCUUUUAAGAUCAGAUAUCAGCUGUUAUUGCCAUUCCAACCUGAUGAUACUCACAGCAUACAGUCGCUCUCACAGUAUUUACCUGUAUUAAAAUGUUUAACCUAUAUCACUUAAAGCAUCGAUGGCAGCAUGCCCACAACAUGUUCUGAAAAACAGGCUUUUACUGUCUUAAAGUGGUGUCUGUGUGUGUGACCAGAGGAGUGAUCUUUUAAUGUGGCCGCCAUUGUGUGUGUGUGUGUGUGUGUGUGGGAUUUCUGUGUUUAAUAGUUUAUGCCUGCGAUGAGUGUGAGUGAUUUAUGACUGUUUGAGUGUUUGUGUGUGCUGAGUCUAUGCAUAGGCAGUUUGUACAGAAUGAAACAGCUGUACUUUACGUGUUCUUCUCCAUCUGUUGUGAGUAAGGUAUUCAUGUGCCUGCUUAAAUCGUCUUGCAAUGUGAAGAAAACAAGUGCUGUGUUUAAGUCAUGAGUGUGAAUGUGUUUAAAGCCACAAAACAUUGUAAAAGAUAUUGUAACUUUGAGAUAUUUGAGUGACUCUCUGUCUUUGUUUAGUGCCUAAAACGUAUUUUGAAUAGUUAUUAGCCGACGCUCCUGAUGGCACCUUUUUUUUGAUAGGUAGUGUAUUCACAGAUGUCAAAAGCUGUUUGCACACCUGACUGAACAAAACGAUACCACUGACUGGCCUAUGUUAUGCUAAUGUGUAGGAGAUAUGUGACAUAUUGUAAAAAAAAAUGAUGGAAGUGGUUUUUCUGGAUGACUCCAAGUAGCAUAACGAAUGCUGAGCGUGCUCUAUUUGUAAGUGAGGGUGUUUUCCAUUUCAUUAAUCAAGGUACAGUUUGGAGUACGUGAGUGAAUUUAUGAUAGCGGCAGAUGAAAGACAAAGCUUUGUGUUGGUAACCCUCAGGGUUAUGUUGUGGUCAGCAAUUGAUGAGGGACUGCUAAAACAGCAUUUUUCGUGCACCACCACUACUGUAUAUUGUCUGUGAUUGUAAUACCAAGCCACUCAGAGUGAGUAGGGAUGUGAGAGAGGCAGAUCGUGUGUUAUUGGCAGGACGAGCCUUUGGCUUACACAUUACCAGCAUCUGAAAGACGGCUCAGUCUAGUGGGAGUUAUUACACCUUAUUGGUGCCAGAGGGAUUCUGGUUCCAUAUCCACCUCUGAUAACCCACUAAUAAAAACCACUACUUUUAAUAUCACUGGCACUUGUUGCACUAUGUGAGUUGUCUCUGCCCUGAUCCUCUCUGUUUACUUCUGCUGUUGGCCUUGGUGUGGUGUGACAUCCCACAUGUUCUCUCUGUACUCCCUUUUUGCACAACACUUCACACAGAUGUUUUGUAAAGAAAAUAGUUUUUUCUUUAUUUCAUGUCUAAAGGAAUACUAAGAAUAAACAAGUGAUUAUGGCA